AUGUGUGGGAGGAGGGAAUACCCCUCUCUGCCCUUCCCAUACCCAGGAGCCACAGUCUGUGCCAGGGAGCAGAGCAUGGUGCUCACCUUCACCCUCUGCCUCCUGGGCAGCUCUGCUUGGCUCCUGAUCUCCACGGCUGAGGCUCGAGUUCCCCUGUGCCCGCUCCCAAACAUCCGCUAUGGGACGAGAGUACCCCGAGCUCGCCUUUACUACAGGCCCGGGGACAUCGUGAGCUUCACCUGCAACCCGGGCUACACCCUGCAGGGCUCCCGCACCAGCACCUGCGGGGCUGACCUCAGAUGGAACCCACCUCUGCCAGUGUGCAAGAAGGAGGGGACGUGUCCUCGGCCACCCAACAUUGCCAACGGGCUGCACAAUGGACAGUCCCUGGGCAAGGUUUCCCGAGGAGUGACUGUGCACUACAGCUGCAAGGAUGGAUACACUCUGGUUGGGAAUGAGUCCAUCACCUGCACGGAGGUUGGGGGGUGGAGCCGGCCCCUGCCCCGCUGUGAAGCAAUUGGCUGCGAGAUACCCGAGGUGCAGAAUGGGAAGGUCUACAAUCUGCAGAGCACCUACAAAGCUGGGGAGACUCUUCACUUUGACUGUGAUGCUGGUUAUGCUGCAGAGAACACCUACGAGACUCAGUGCCAGCCUGGGGGAACUUGGGAUCCGCCAGGGCUCAUCUGCCAGAGGGUCCGACCCUGCCCCAUGCCUCCAGAGAUCACCAAUGGAAACCACAACGGCCAGGGCAAAGCAGAGUUUACCAUGGGAAUGUCUUGGCAGCCUGGCUCCAGCAUGGCUAUGGAGAGCCAGAUGUUGAUGGUGCUGGGGACCAGGCAAGAGGGGACGUGUCCUCGGCCACCCAACAUCGCCAACGGGCUGCACACUGCACAGUCCCUCAACAAGGUUUCCCGGGGAGUGACUGUGCACUACAGCUGCAGGGAUGGAUACACUCUGGUUGGGAAUGAGUCCAUCACCUGCACGGAGGUUGGGGUGUGGAGCCGGCCCCUGCCCCGCUGUGAAGCAAUUGGCUGCGAGAUACCUGAGGUGCAGAAUGGGAAGGUCUACAAUCUGCAGAGCACCUACAAAGCUGGGGAGACUCUUCACUUUGACUGUGAUGUUGGUUAUGCUGCAGAGAACACCUACGAGACUCGGUGCCAGCCUGGGGGAACUUGGGAUCCCCCAGGGCUCAUCUGCCAGAGGGUCCGACCCUGCCCCAUGCCUCCAGAGAUCACCAAUGGAAACCACAAUGGCCAGAGCAAAGCAUUUUUUACCGUGGGAAUGUCUGUGGUUGUGGUCCUCCCACAAGGUAUCCCUUGCGAGCCACCUCCGGACAUUCCCAAUGGGAAGCACACGGGCAGGCUGCUGAAUGAAUUCCACUAUGGCACAGCUGUAACAUACACCUGCAACCCUGGGUUCCCACUCCACGGAGAGCCCUCCAUCCACUGCACCACCCAGGACGGGGAAAACGGCGUGUGGAGCGAGCCCAUCCCCACGUGUGGAGCUGGCUGCAGUGCACCUGCCAGGCUGGAGUUUGCUGAGCUGAAGGAGCCCCACAACAACCAGACCGUCUUCCCUGUGGGGAGGACAGUGGAAUACGUGUGCCGGCCGGGGUAUUCCCAGCACCCGGGGAUGCCACCAUCCAUCACUUGCCUCAGGAACCAGACGUGGUCUGUGGUGCUGGAGUUCUGUAAAAGGAAGCAGUGUCCUGACCCGGGGCACCCAGUGAAAGGCAGAGCUGUUGUCCUGACAGACCUCCUCUUCGGGUCCAAAAUUAACUACACUUGUGACGAAGGGUACAAGCUGGUUGGAAGCUCUCAGAGAACAUGCGAGGUCUCCGGCACACAUGUCUCGUGGAGUGGAGAUGCUCCUGUCUGCCAACGGAUCGUGUGUGCUCCACCUCCGGCCAUCCCCCGCGGGACACACAGCGGGCACUCGAGGGACACCUUCUCCUACGGGGACGUGGUCACCUACUCCUGUGACUCCGGGCACUCGCUGGCAGGAGAUCCCUCCAUCCUCUGCACCUCCUCGGACGGGGAGCACGGAGCGUGGAGCGGGCCAGCGCCGCGGUGCCAAGAGGUGAAGUGUCCUCCCCCUCCGAGCAUUCCCAACGGGAAGCACAGCGGCCAGCCCUCGGACAGGCACCUGCCGGGCUCGGCUGUGCAGUACAGCUGCUCGGAGGGCUACACCCUCAUCGGAAACGCCUCCAUCCACUGCACUGCCGCCGGGACGUGGAGCCGGCCCCGGCCCCGGUGUGAAGCAAUUGGCUGUGACAGCCCAGAGAUCAAGAAUGGAAGAACGACUGGGCUGGAGACCACGUACAGACUUGGGGAUGUUGCUGUCUUCGAAUGUGAUUUUGGUUACGCCUUGAGGGGCUCUCAACAGUCCCGCUGCCAGUUUGGGGGCAAGUGGGACCCUCCUUUCCCCACCUGUGAGAAGAUGCUGCCAUGUCCUUCCCCUCCAAAUAUCAAAAAUGGCCGGCACGACAGCAAGGAUGUGGAUGUGUUUAUCCCUGGAAUGUCAGUGAAGUACUCCUGUGAGCCGGGGUAUGUCCUCACUGGGAAAACAACAGUUUCUUGUUUGACAUCUGGAUCCUGGAGCAUCCCUUACCCCCGCUGUGAAGUGAUCACCUGCACAAGCCCCAGCAUCCGGGAUGGAGAGGUGGCUGAAGGCUGGAGGGCUGUGUACCUUCCUGGGGCCAAUGUCACCUUCCAGUGCCACCCAGGCUACGUCCUGCGGGGCAGCCGUGCAGCCAAGUGCCAGCCCGAUGGCCGCUGGGUGCCUGCUGUGCCCACCUGUGAGCGAGUGCUGCUGUGCCCUGAGCCUCCCGUCAUCGCCCACGCCACGCACGGCGCCGAGCUCGGGGCCAACUUCACCAGCGGGAUGUCGGUGACCUACAGCUGCCAGCCCGGCUUCUCCCUCCUCGGAGCCCCUUCCAUCUGGUGCACGGCCUCGGGGAGCUGGAGCCUUCCAUACCCACGCUGUGCAGUGCUGCAAUGUCCUUCACCUCCAGCUGUUGCCAACGGAAAUCACAACAGCCAGGACUUGGAAGUUUUCCCCCCUGGGAUGGUUGUAAACUACAGCUGUGACCCUGGGUACAGCCUCCAGGGAGAGGCAUCCAUCUACUGCACCGACUCUGGCAACUGGAGCCUCCCUCUCCCUCAGUGUGCAGCUCUGAUUUUAGUGCAGCACUGCUCCAAGCCUGCAGAUAUCACUCAUGGGUCUCUCAGCAGCCCAGCAAAAGCGUUUUUCACUCCUGGAACAUCUGUGAGCUACAUCUGUGAUCCCGGCUUCUCUCUCCUUGGGAUAGCAUCCAUUUAUUGCACACCAUCUGGAGCCUGGAGUCAUCCUCCUCCCAUCUGUCAAGCUGUGAAGUGCCUCCAUCCUCCAAACAUCACCGAUGGGAAGCUCAAAGGCAACAUCUCUCACACUUUUCCCUAUGGAGCAUCUGUGUCCUACAGCUGCAAUCCUGGUUAUUCACUUGUUGGGAAUGCUUUUAUCAACUGCACGGUGUCAGGAACCUGGAGCCAGCCUCUUCCUCAGUGCAAAGAGAUCAGAUGUGAAUUCCCGGAUGUUCAAGGUGUUAAGAAAGCCAUUAAAGGAAACACUUAUCGUUCUGGGACCAACCUCACUCUUGAAUGUGAUGAUGGUUACACAUUGCAAGGCAUCAGUCAGACUCAGUGCCAAGAGGAUUUCAGCUGGGACCCUCCUGUGCCACCCUGUAAACUGACAUCACACAAGUCUGGGUCACUAGGCCUCGGAGUCGCAGCCGCGGGAGUUCUGCUGCUCCUGGGGGCAGGCAUUGUCUGGAAAAUAGUUUCCAAGCAGAAGGAAGGCUAUUAUCGUACAUAUGAAAAUUACAAUUACCAAACAACCCCUCUGAAUCUGGUAACUCAACAGAAAAGCUCAUCGAUAAUGGCGCGCGGCAUGGCGCAUGAGGCGGGGCGGGCCGCGCAUGCGCCCCGGCCCGCGCUUGCCGUCUCGGCGCUGCUGAGAGGCGGAGCGGGGCGCUGCCGCGGCCCCCCGCCGAUCAUGGGGCCGCCGCCGCCUGCUUGCUGCCGGUGCUUGCCCUUCUCGUGCUGUGGUGCUCGCGGAGCGCGGGCUGAGGACGUGUGUGAUAUUCCAGCCAGGCUGCAAUACGCGGAGCUGGAGGAGAAGUUCAGAGGAAUAGAGAGUUUUCCUGUUGGAAGUCAAGUCUCCUUCAUCUGCCGGCCGGGAUAUAUGAAAAUCCCUGGAAAAUCCUUAACUCUUACGUGUGGUCCUGACUUACAGUGGUCACCCAAAGAGCAGUUCUGUACAGAGAGAAGAUGUAAGCACCCAGGAGAAUUAGCAAAUGGUGUUGUUGAUGUGACAGAUCUUACAUUUGGUUCAACUGCUACUUUUUCUUGUCGAGAAGGAUACAGAUUAUAUGGAAACGAGCAGGUUACCUGUGUAAUUAGGAAUGAAGGUGUUGAUUGGGAUCGUGAGAUGCCUUUCUGUGAAGUGAUUCCCUGUGAUCCCCCUCCCAGCAUCACCAAUGGGCACCACACAGAAGCUGCCAACUACGUGUAUCAGACUGCAGUGAGCUACUCCUGUGAUACUGUCCCAGCAGGCUCAGAUCCCUUCUCCCUCAUCGGCUCAGACACCAUUUUCUGCACAUCUGAUAAACACUCAAAUGGAGUUUGGAGUGGGCCACCUCCACAGUGUAAAGUGGUCAAAUGUGAAAACCCGAGAGUUAAAAAUGGGUACAAAAUAUCUGGACUUGGGUCUUCCUAUACUUACAAGGACUCAGUCCAGUUUGUGUGUGAUCCAGGCUAUUACAUGGUUGGAGAAGAUAUAAUUUCCUGUGCAGAAGAUAACACUUGGUCUCCUCCAAUACCAACCUGUGAGAAAAAUGUGUGUGGUGCUCCAGAGGUCACAAACGGAGCUGUGGUUCCGCUGAAAUCUGUCUAUAAUGCAGGAGAGUCUGUUAAGAUAAAGUGCAAUGCUCGCUGCUCUUUUCCUGAUGGCACUAAAGAGGUGACAGUGACUUGUCAGGGACAGAAGACAUGGAGUUAUUUUCCAAAAUGUAGAUGUGGGCCUGAAAGCCCUGGUUCCACUCCAGGUACAAGCCCUGGUUCCACUCCAGGCAUAAGUCCUGGUUCUAUUCCAGGCAUAAGUUCUGGUUCCACUCCAGUCAUAAAUUUUGGUAGAGUAGUUGUGGGCCAAAAGCCUUCCUAUGUUGUGGGGGAUUGUAUUACCAUUGAGUGCUACGCAGGGUACACGUUACAAGGUGAAGCUGAAAUUCGGUAUAUGGGAGGAAACCAGUGGUCUCCUGGAGUGCCAACCUGCCAGCUGAGUGGAUAUGUCAUAGCCUGCAUCUGUGUGCUUGUGGUGAUCGUGGUGCUCCUGGCAGCCUUCUGGGCCUAUAAGAAAUUCUUUUCACAGAAUGGCUCGUACACAGUUGAUGAGAGUUGCAAGGAAACAUGUAUUUUAAAAACUAAGGCCCCAGCUGAGAUGGAAGACACUGAAUACAUGAAUUAAUUGAAUCUUGAAAAGGAAACGUGACAGCACUCCAUGUACUGCCGAAUAUAAGAUGUGUAAAGCAUGAAUGGCCUUUUUGGGGGGGUGGGAGGGGAUUUGCAGUGGAAUAUCCCUGCCAGAAAUGGAAAACAGUUGCACUUGCAUUGAGUAGAGGAGUAUCUUGUGCUGUGUCUUGUCCUGCUGGUUAAAUGUAGGAGGAGAUGGUUAAUGGGGUAAAAAGUGUGUCUGCAGUUGUAUGGACAGAUAUUCUGUUUUUCCUCAUGGCUGUAGCAUCCAAGAGUGUCUGUCUGCAGGAGUCAGUGCUACCUCUUUGCCUUCAGAAGACUGUCCAGUAUUCUCUGUUCUUUUAUGGUUCUGCUCACCAAAACUGUGUCCUCCUGCUCCUCCCUUUUCUGUGGCUGAGCUGGCAUAAAUGUUGUCCCUUGUAUUGUUAUUGUUAUUAUUAUUAUUAUUAUUAUUUUCCAUGAGAGAUCGGUGUCAUUGAAGGCUGUGUCUUUUUGAAGCUAUCAUAGGUCAGAUCUCAUAUGCUCUACCUCUUUGUUUGUCAGAGUUGAUUUCUGUGUAUCUAACUAAUUAAAGUGUGCCUUUAAAUCAGAGCUUUAUAGCUUUUCCUUUGCUUUUAAGAAGGAAAAAAGCCAUAUAUAUUUCUAACUCUUUGAUAUAAUCCUACAAAGGCCACAGUGGAUUUAUUAUAGUAGAAAACUGGAGGUUUCUGUAGCAAAGACAUUCCCUGCCUUUGAAUUUGUUGUCAUGUUCUAGAAGUUACCUAAAUAAAGGUACCGCUGAGAAAUCAGUGGUACUUGUCCUGAGCACAGUGUAAGUCCUUAGUGGGCUUGAUUUUUAUUGAGCCUUGAUGUCAGUUCUGGAGAUACUUUGCUACUUUUCAGGAUAGAAAGGAUGCUGUGUGGAUCCACCUUCCUUGCUUUUUCCCUUGAAAUCAUGCAUUCCACAUUUCAAAUCUCUGUAUACAGUGAUGUUAAUCAAGCUCUGUAAUGAAGGAUUUAUCAUCAUAUACCUGUUCAGAAACAGAAGCCUUUCCCUGUCAGACUCCCUUUUCAUAUUAAAGGAAAACCAAAGCAGUUCAGUGCUGGGAGUGCAGGACUGGAUGUGCUGGCAGUGCUGGUAGAUGAGGUCUCUCUUUAGCUCCUUAGCACAAUUUUUUAGUCCAGACUGUGACUCCAGGAGUUGGCAAACACUCCAGUGUUCGCCAUGGGUCGAGACUCAUUGCUACUUCUAAUUCCUUAUCAAAACCAAAAGCCUAAUUAGGAACAGGUUUGAGCUUCAUGAAUCUCACUGUCAACCUACAGGCAGCUUCUAAGAACCAAUUCUCCCAGAAAAAAACCCAAAUUGCCUCACUUCCCAUGCCUGGGGCAGCAUUGAAACCGUUCUGGCUUGUCUCUGGUGGCUUGGCACUGCUCCACUGUCAUCAACUGAUUGUUGGAGCAACAGAGAACUGUUUGGGGCUUUUUAGGGCUUUUUGGGACAAUCCCAGCGGUUGCAUUGUUAGAGCUCAUAAUAGGCUGUGGUUUUUACAAAGGGCUUUUGGCUCCACAGGAUGACUUGCUGUUCACGGGCUGGUUGACAUCUUAGUUUGAGAAUUGUUUGUAAACACUGGGUGGUGUGACUGGGGGGUUGAGUGUGGGGGGUCACAAGCUCAGCUCGCUUCGUGUGGCAUCUGCAAACGUGCUAAAAACGGGCUGAAAAUGCACUUAAAGCUGAGCUGGAAUCACUGUAAAAAUUAGCCUUAUUUUGACACUUCUUUCCGGAUGUAAAGACUUAGUAAUGCCUUGUAAUAUUGCAAAUAAAAAUGUUAAAUUAUUUAGCA